GCCUAGUCUAUUGAUAACUUAAAGACUAUGCUUUUUAUAGUGUGAAAAUUUAAGAAUCAGGUUGCUAAAGCUAGCAGCCUCAAUGGAGAAGCUCGGAAAUGGAAAUUGUGAACAUGAAGUGCCGACAUUAAAUGAUUUUCCUGAAGAAUCAAGCCUAAGAAAUCGUCUUCACCUGCUCAGGGAGAAGUUUUCUUGCAAAUUUAAAGCUAAACCAUCGUUAUAUCUACGAGUACCAGGGAGAGUCAAUCUUAUUGGAGAACACAUAGACUAUUGUGGUUACUCUGUAUGUCCGCUGGCUCUGGAACAAGACAUUCUUGUGGCUUUCUGUCCUUCAGUCCACGGACAGUUCCUCUCCAUAUACAAUCAGGAUGAAGAAAAUUACAAGGAAUAUUCCACUGAUACAUUUGAUUUCAAGUUCAGUCUACCCACCACAGGAUGGGCAAGCUAUGUGUUGUGUGGAGUUAAGAAAGUGAUCGAGCUGUUGGUGAGCCAGGGCAAGACUCCGGUCUCAAUACAGAUGGCUGUGGCAGGCAACAUCCCUCCUGGGUCUGGAUUGUCCAGCUCCAGCGCCCUUGUGUGUGCAGGGGCAAUGGUGACAGCGCUAGCUAACAAGUUGAACCUUUCCAGAACGGAGCUAGCAGCUCUAAGUGCAGAGGCCGAACAUUAUAUUGGCACUGUAGGAGGAGGAAUGGACCAGGCUAUCAUUUUUUUGGCCUCUGAAGGAAAUGCCAAGCUGAUAGAGUUCUCCCCGCUGAGAACAAGGGAUGUAACUCUGCCAGUCGGGGCUGUGUUUGUGGUCGCCCAUAGCUUGGCUGUCAAGAACAAAGCAGCCAGUAACGACUUUAACACUCGAGUAGUCGAGUGUAGGCUUGCUGCUCAGGUUCUUGCCAAAAUAAGAGGUUUGCCCUGGAAAAAAUGCUUAAGACUUGUUGAUAUUCAAACUUCUGCAAAAUUAACUCUCGGCGAAUGCGCUAAGAUGGUAAAAGAGCUUCUCCAUAAAAAUCCGUAUGUUCUUGCCAAAAUAAGAGGUUUGCCCUGGAAAAAAUGCUUAAGACUUGUUGAUAUUCAAACUUCUGCAAAAUUAACUCUUGGCGAAUGCGCUAAGAUGGUAAAAGAGCUUCUCCAUAAAAAUCCGUAUACUAAAAUUGAGCUGUGCAAAAUAUUGGAUGUGACAGAAAAGGAGUUGAAUGAAAUCACUCUGACCUCAAACACCGAACAUGUUCAGCAUUUCAAACUAUUCCAAAGAGCACUGCAUGUAUUCCAAGAGGCUCAAAGAGUGGCUGAGUUUGAGGCGGGCUGCAGAGAUGGCUGUUCACUAGCCGAGCUCGGCCACCUGAUGUCGGAGAGUCACGUGAGUCUACGUGACCUGUACGAGUGUAGUCACGUACAACUAGACAGACUAGUCUCGGUGGCCAUGGCUGCAGGGGCUCUAGGUGCUCGUCUGACCGGGGCUGGCUGGGGAGGUUGUAUUGUGGCGCUGACCACUGAGGAUCAUGUGGGAAAGUUCAUUGACACUGUUAAACAACAGUUUUACGCAGACAACCCCCAAGUGGAGGGGCGGAAAACGGAAAAUCUCAUUUUUGCCACUCAACCAGGAAGAGGCGUUCAGGUCUUCAGACCUGAAGAGAACGAAUUAGUUCACUAGUCAAAACACUCAGAGAAACAAAUAAUGGUGCCUUUCUUGUCUUUUCAGUCAUUUUAGUUUAUAGUAUCACUGUUAGAAAACAUUUUGUAGCUACAUACUUAAUAGGUUAGUUUAUAUGAUGUCAUUGAAAAAAUUGUUUAGUGAUAGUGUGACUAUACUCCGUUCACAAAAUUUAGGCGGUUUUAGGGAAAUAAAUCUAUCCCCUCCACUUGAACCUACCUUUGAAAAUAAUAACUCAACAGCUGAGGUUUGCCAAAAUAUAAAUCAGCUGUCCUAUAUUCAGUAAAAAAGUUGUGGGAUAACUUUCCCUCAAACUACGUGUAAGCAUUGACUAUUGGAUAUCAAUAGUCAAAAGUAUAAGAUAAAUGAGGAAAAAAAAUUAAAAUUUUGUCAAUAGAUGAAUUCAUGUCCUGUUUAUGUGUUCCUCAAAAGAGGUAUCUAAGGAAUGGCACAAUUAGAUAUUUGCUGUAUAUAAGGUAAUAGCAAUCUGUCCCUCAACAAAAUGCUACCACUAUUACAUCACGAUUUAUUCUCUAUUGUCUUUCUUCAAAUUUCAAGGCGAAUUUAAUUUGCUAUUCAACCAUCAAAUCAAAGCUUUAUAUUGGAGUUCAAUAAAGGCUGCCAAUUUGGCUGCCUUUAAAAAAAAAAUUCUCUUUAAAGUACCUUAAAUCCUGCAUUUCCUCGAGUAAGGAAAGGCAUUUAAAUAUAACUUAUAAGUAAUUCAAACCUUAUCAGUUUAUUUUAAUUUAUCCACUUCAAGGUGUAAACACUUCAGUCUUGAGUACAUUCUGUAGGUGCAAAAUCCUUGUAAUGGUGGAAGGUGUAAGUAAACAUGACGUUUUAUUAUUUUUCUACCUCCAGUGAAAAUGUUCAAUAUGCUAGCUCUGUUACUAUCAUAUGUUCAUAGGUCCAUAACAAUUUUUGGUUCUACAAUUUCCACCUUCUUUAGCAGUAUUGAUGGAGUUUUUGCAGUGACUGCUUAACAGAUUGUAGGCCUAACAGUAAUAACUGGCUUUUAAGUUGAAUUUUGAAGAAGUUGGAAUGUUAAUUAACUAAUCUAAAUACUAGAGUUUUUACUGACAGUCUUGUUUUCUAUUCACGGUAACUUUUUAAACAGUAAAUCGGUGCAUUUUGUCUGAAGUUUCAAUAGUUUUAUGCGUCACUUCACUACUAAAAAUCAAGGGAAACAAAUAUUACUCUACUCUGUCAGGCAAAACAUUUUGCUCUAGUGGUAAAAACAUCACAAGUAUUGCUAUUAGUCUUUCACUGGAGUCUUACAAGGUGAAGUCACAAAGUUCACUAACUAUAGUGAUUAAUCGUGAACUCUGCAUUCCUUAAUUCCCUUUCAUGCCACAAUUGAGUGAAAAUAGCCACUGUACAAGUAUAAUUUAGACAUUCCAUUAGCUUUAUAGUUAUAAUAGCUUAAUUUAUAUACAUAUCAUUGAUUGUGCCAAAUUUGGAAAAAAUCUGACUC